GAAACCACUAUUAAUAAGGACAAGCACGAUCUUACACUCCCUAACCAGACGGUCAACAUGAAGAUCAUUGCCCUCGUCUUCGUUCUAUGUGCAGGGUUACAAGGUUCGCGAGGAGGAUGUCCGAAUAAUUUUGAAAAGCAUGGCGAUGGCUGUUAUAAAGUGAUGGUUGAACCUGUGUCCUGGAUCAAUGCCAAGCUAUACUGUCAAGUAUUUGGCGCAGACUUAGUGAAGAUAGAAACACAGGAAGAGGAAACAUUGCUGGAAACAGUGUUAAAUGAAAUACAUAUUAACAGGACUGCCCCAAUAGAGAACUAUUGGGUGGACGGGUCGGAUUUGAUGGCUGAGGGGGAGUGGAUGUGGGUGGGAACACCUGGUUACUCUCAGGCCAUCACCGGCUUCACUCACUGGGCACCGCGUCAGCCUGAUAACAAAAACGGUGAAAACUGUAUGCUGAUCAAAUUCGACUUCAAACUAUUUUGGAAUGACGAACACUGCUCGACUCAUGAAAGCUUCAUCUGUGAGGCGGAAUAUGAGGCGGAUCCCGACUCAAUUAUUGGCUGAAGUGAUAUUGUCAACAACACAGUGAUAAUAAAUACAGGACAAUAAUAAA